AUGAGUCCUCAACGGUCUACUACCAACAACGACUUGCUUCCAUUACCUGACUUGCCCCCGGAGCUGGUCGAUCACGUCAUUGACCAUCUCCGAGGGGAUGCAGCCGCUCUCACCGCCUGCAGCCUCGCUCACAGCUCGAUGCGCAUUCGGGCGCAGUUCCACCUCUUCCGCAGUAUCUGUGUUACACCUGCGCGGUGGCCCGAGUACGAGAUCUUGGUCAAGAAGAUCCGUGUGGCUUCGCGCAUUCGCCAAGCCCCAAAUGACGAGGACGAAAUUGUGCCUAUGUUCCCGGCUGUUACGAAACUUGACCUCAAGAUGGUGGAUCAAACAGUCCUGUCUGUCCCGCUGCUCCGUCAAGUAUGUGACCUCAACACAGUGGAGUCUAUUCGCAUGCACAUCUGCGUCGUCCCCACUAUGGCCUUCGUUGCAGAAUUCAUCUGCUCGUUCCCGCGUCUGAAGAAGCUCGCUGUCAGCGACCUGUUCGCCAGAGAUACAUUCGUCAUGAAGCUCGCAGCCAACAAGGCUAUCGACGGCCCUGUACCAACGACAUUUCGCCCCUUGAUCGAAACGCUGCGCUUCCCUUCGGGAUGCACACUCGGAGAAUCGAUGCACGCCCACUUGAAUACCUUGGAGAUCGUUGUCGUAUGUCGAGAGGAUGCGGCCACGCUGAGUGCACUCCUGCAAGACCUUGGACCUCGUCUCCGGCAUCUUUACCUCGGGGUCGAGCAGAUGAACGAAGACGCUUCUCUCAGCGACCCUUUGACGCUGUCGUACAACAGUGGCCUUCGCACCCUAGGGUUCUGGUGUCUGAAGCUGCACGGUGACGAGGGGAGACCGAGGCCGUCGCUCGCAUGGGUUCCACGCCUUCUCACGGGAUUGGGUUCCCCUGCGCUGGAGCAUAUAUACUUCCGGCUUCGUGCAGGGGGUGCCUCAACAGCUGACCUCGAUACGCUUGACUGGGCUGCGGUCAGUGACAUCUUGUGCGAACGUCGGUUCGACGGGCUCCGGCGAGUCACUAUCGAAGUGCUGCGAGGGCAGGAUAUGGUGGACGUGUUGUGGCCUUACAUCGAGGAACGGAUGGCUGGUCUGCACGCGAGGUCCAUCGUGCGCCACACUCAUGUCCCCUCGGGCAUUUGA